AUGGCAUCGACAAACUGGGCAGACGCAGAGGCGGAGCUGGCGCCUCCACAGGUGAUCGACAACAACGACGGAACCAAAACGGUGAUCUCGUACCGGUUCAACGACCAGAAGAAGAAGGUGAAGGUGACGCAGAAGAUCAAGUUUGUGAAGACAAUGGAGAAGGUGAACCCGCUGGUGGCGCAGCGGGCGCACUGGAAGCGGUUUGGGGUCGAGAAGGACAACAAGACGGUUGGGCCGGACUCCAAGACGACACAGAUCACAGAGGAGGUGAAGCUGAUAUUGAGCACGACCUGGAAGGCGGACGAGGACCGGGAGCAGGAGCAGGCGAAGAACAAGCAGGUGAAGAGCACGUUCAAGUGCAGAGUUUGUGGCGGUACCGGCCACUACACCGUGAAGUGUCCGUACAGAGACACCUUUGGCUCCGACAAGAUGUUCAACCCGUCCGGCGCUGCGGACGCCGACGCCAAGGCGGGCACGCCAGCACCAGGCUCGUCCAGAUACGUGCCUCCUAACAUGCGUGCGGGCGGCUCCGACCUGGGCGUCGGCGCCGAGGUGCCGGCCUUGAGAAUCACCAACCUGAACGCCGCCAUCGACAGGGACUCCUUGCAGAUGAUCGUGUCCAAGUUCGGCAACUACGACCGGGUGUCGAUAUUGAAGAACAGGGAGACUGGCGAGUCGCUCGGGGUUGCCUUCGUCAACAUGACCACCCAGCGCGGCGCCGAGGCCGUCAAGGAGGCCCUCGACGGCAGAGGUUUGAUGAACAUGAUCAUCUCCGUCGACUGGGCCAGGCCUAAAUAA